AUGCCUCCAAAGAAAGCAGCACGCCCAGCGCAAGAGAACAUCAACCUUGGUCCUUCGAUCAGGGAAGGUGAACUCGUUUUCGGUGUCGCCCGUAUUUUCGCAUCUUUCAACGAUACCUUCGUUCACGUCACUGAUCUUUCUGGCCGCGAAACCAUCUGCCGUGUUACCGGUGGAAUGAAGGUCAAGGCCGAUCGUGACGAGUCUUCCCCAUACGCUGCUAUGUUGGCUGCUCAAGAUGUUGCUACCCGCUGCAAGGAAUUGGGCAUCACUGCUCUCCACGUCAAGAUCCGUGCUACCGGAGGUAACGGAACCAAGACCCCAGGUCCAGGUGCUCAAUCCGCUCUCCGUGCCCUUGCCCGUACCGGCAUGAAGAUUGGCCGUAUCGAGGAUGUCACCCCAACUCCAUCCGACAGCACCCGUCGCAAGGGAGGUCGUCGUGGUCGUCGUUUGUAG